UAUGUAAUAAGUGACUCCUGCAUAUGUGAAAUCGUUAACAGGACCUACUGCUAAGUAGAUAGAUAUAACAAUUUAGUUUUCUAUGUCCAGUAAGUGCAAAUAUUUACAACAUUUAAUUUUUGAAAUUUAGAAUUCGUGAUAUGGAUUCAGGUUAAGUUUUAUUUGAAGUAGAAAGAGAUCCAGAUGAAUAACCAAUAGGUAUAUAAAUUAAUUAAAAUAUAAGAAAAUAUACCAGUUGAAUAUUAAGAUGAAGCAAGAAGAAUUAAAUAUCAGUUUGGACCAUAGUUUUUUGAAUUGAAAACAGUAGGUGCUUAACUCACUUUCUCUGUUGGAAAAGAUCCUAUCAAAAACUUUACUAUUAUUGAAAGACAUUAUUUUAGAGAUCAUUUAUUAAGAUGUUAUGAAUUCUAAUUUCCAUUUUGUAUUCCUAAUUCAACUAAUACUUGGGAACAUAUUUACACAAUUCCAGAAAUUGAUGAAGCUAUGGUAUAGUAUUUAAAUUAUUAAAAGCGUUAAGAAAUGAUUGAAAAUCCAUACGAAACUAAGUCAGAUAGUUUCUAUUUCGUCGGAGAUUAAUUAGUUAUGCAUAAUAAAGCAGAAUAUGAUUACUCUGAAUGA